UCUUGACUUCUCACGCGAUGGACCUAGCAUCAACCUCUGCCUCGCAAAACGCUCCGCGAGCAUAUAUAAAUGGCUUCAAUCUCUCUGUGGACUACAAGAUGCCCGAUCUAUCUUUGGUUCGGAGCCAGGCUGCUAAAGUUACCGAAGUCAUGGACGCUCCAAUACCGCCUCGAAUUGUUCUUCAAAAUGCUAGAGGUGAGGCUGCUACAGGGCCCAUCCCACCGGCCCUGUGGUACAACUUUAAGCUUCCUCAGCUCUUUCAGUUCAGCUUUUUCUGCUCUGUGGAGGAUGUUCCCGAGGAUAUAUUACCACAAUGCAUUUGGUCUCUCGGAUGGUCGAUUCGCGCCUAUCUGGAAGCUUCGGACGAGCAACUGAAGAUUUUCGCUCUUCUCGCGCCGCAGGGGCAAGGUAACGGUGUAACCAUUGACACAGAACGGUACUGUCGCUCCAAGAUAGCCGAUCACCUUCUUAAACCCAAAAUCAACCAACCACUAGAAGCUCUCCGCUAUAUUCGGUGUUCCAUGGAGGCGGACAAAGAACGUAGUGGACAGUCCGAUAUUUUCCUUAUAAAUCCGGGAUUAUACGCUUCGUUUGCUGCAUGCCUCGCACGGGCAAGAACGGACGACGUUGAAGCAAAAGCAGCGCUAUCACGUGUGAUGAACGACAUAACGUUAGACUCGGGCUCUCUAACCACGUUUUAUCGUGUCGAGGCAAAGGUGUAUCUUGCCCGUGUACUUCGGAGACUUGGGGAAGACGACGAAGCGCAGAAACUGGAGAUAUGGCUGGUCAGAUGGUUCAAGAAGCAUCCGCAUGAAUUCAGUGAUUCCGUUUUGGUACAAAUGUUCACCACGGAUAUUGAUCCAGCCGUGGAUCCAAUUUUCACAGGCCUUGGGGGAUCAAAGUGGCUGGAUCAUAGGAAGGCGACGUUGAAAACACAAAUUCGUGAAACUAGGAACUGCCGAAACUGCCGUGCGCGCGAACCCCAAGUGAAAUUGGCGCUAUGCAAGGCUUGCCAGCGUACAUUUUACUGUUCUGCAGAGUGCCAGAAAAAGGAUUGGCCCUCCCAUAAGGUAUACUGCAGAGAAGCUGCGGCAUAUUUAAAGAGAACAGCAGAGCUUGAGGGAAUAAGUGCUUUCGCAGCACAACAAUCCCAAGAUUGGAUGCAUUACAGAGACAAUUUUAGGCCGGAGAUAGUGGAAUGCUUUGUAAACGCUCUUGGACUAGUACGCGAUGUAUCACGAGGCCGAACACACAUCGUAUAUCAAGAAGUCGAGUACGUCCCGUCCGUAAAGAAUUGUCUCGACAAGUUCAGAACUACAGGAGCUGGAGUUUUCAAACUCGAAGAUGUCUGGCAAGAUAUUGAAUCCAGAAUGGGCCUAGAUCCUGGUGAGGGGAAAGUGUAUAUCCGCGAGAUGCUGGAGGUGUUCGAUCGUGAACCUGGGAAUGGGCAAACCAGGGAAGCGCACAUUCCCAUCUUUAAUUUGAUGUUCUCGGCCAAAAAUGAUGUCCAAGUGUAUCUUGGAAUCAGCGAUAUUUCACAAAAGAAGGUAGCAUUCAUGCGACCCAAGCCGGACUGGAGACGGGAUCUGAAUAUGAGAGGUGAACCUCCUGCUCACAUCAAGUUAGGCGAAGACAAAAUUCGGGAUGCAGAAUUUAUCUUUUGAAAGUGUGUGUCAAACCGUAGUUAUCGACCACGCAUGAGUGGCUAAUGUUGAUGUAUUUAGGUUGCAACAGGAAACGAAGAGAUAGUAACUCUGCCGACGGCAUUGGUGGGUAUGUAUGUGCGCACAGGUGCUGAUGAGUAAUAAUUGGCAGGGUUUGAAUAAAUGUAGUAAUGUAGUACCAUACCUUUGACUCUUCCAUCGUUGUUUCAACGGCCGACUUCAACGGCAAGGGUGAAAUAGACCUAUUCGUAGAGGCAUCGGAUAAAUUCAGAAUGUCAUCUUGGUGAAGAAACUGCAAGGAGGCUCAGAUAUUUGUGGAGUUGAGGU